AUAUGGUGCUCCGAAGUUUCGCAAUCGGUUUUAGAAAUAAUCAACAAAAUUAGAGAUUACACAAUUAAUUUACAGGAAAAAAUUAAUUUUAAUCCGUGAAACACAUUGUAACAGUGCAAUUCCAUUAACAGAACGAAGCGAUAGCGAGAGAAGUUUACUAUAGCAUACAACAGCUCCACAGAUUGUUGCUGCGUGUGAAAGUAUCGUCUCAACAAAAUCAGCUGAUGCUUUCUCUUGUGUCAAUACAUACAGCAUCGUCGUAGGUAAGUACAUUAUAGAAUGAAUAUCUUCUUCCGCCCACGCAUCCUACGGACUGUGUCAAACGUGAUUGUGAACAGCAGUGGCGUUAUUCCGCGCAGCCCUUCUCUAAGGUCACCGGACACUGAAGUUCAACCGGUAGUCGGAUCUAGCCCCCGAAGCUAUUGCUAUUUCAACAUGAAGCCCAGGGUGUACGUCACACGGAACGAUUAUCCUCGCAUUGGAUUGGAUCUGCUGAAGGAGGAGUGUGACCUUUCAAUCUGGGAUGAAGGAUAUCCUGUUCCGCGUGAUGAAUUCCUUAAAAAUGUAGCCGGAAAAGAUGCUAUUUUCUGUUCUUUAAACGAUCGGAUAGAUAAAGAACUAUUGGAUCAGGCUGGGCCAAGUCUGAAGAUCGUGUCUACCAUCUCAGUUGGCUUUGACCACAUCGACGUAAAGCAAUGCCGUGAGCGUGGUAUUCGUAUUGGGUACACACCGGAUGUGCUAACGGACGCAACCGCUGAACUUACGGUGGCUUUACUGCUGGCAACUACCAGAAGGUUGUUUGAAGCAAAUAAGGAAGUUCACAACGGUGGUUGGAAAAGCUGGUCACCAACGUGGAUGUGUGGUUCCAGUAUCAAAAAUUCGGUCGUCGGCAUUUUUGGUUUCGGCCGCAUAGGUCAGGAAGUUGCCAAACGAUUAAUUCCCUUCAAACCACUGCAAAUUCAAUUUACCAGUCGGACGGACAAGUGUAUAACAGCGGACGAACUUGGCGUCAGCCAGGUUUCGUUUGAUGAGCUCAUUGAGACGAGCGAUUUUAUCAUCAUAUGCUGUUCGUACAACACGCAGACGGCCAAUCUGUUCAACGAUUCCGUCUUUUCUAGGAUGAAACCUUCUACGAUUUUGGUUAACACAAGUCGAGGAGGCAUCGUCGAGCAACACGAUCUGAUACACGCUCUCAAGGCAGGAAAGAUUCGAGCCGCUGGUUUAGAUGUAACGACCCCAGAGCCACUUCCCUUGGAUAGUCCACUGCUGCAGAUGAACAAUGUGGUUGUUCUGCCUCACAUUGCCAGUGCCGACGUGGAAACCCGCACUGAAAUGUCUCGCAUAACUGCUUGCAACAUCCUCGCUGGGUUAAAAGGUGUCAAAAUGAUUUCGGAAGUUUAAUAACAGUCGGUAUCUAUAUAGCCGAGCAAUGUUAAAUCAUUUA